AAGACUUAACAAGCUGAUUAAAUUGCUUGUCUGUCGCAUGAUUGUUAAACGGAAUGAAUUCGCAUAUAAACGGAUUGAAUGGGUAACAGAAGUCAGUGUUUCCAACAAAGCGUACAGCACAACUACGACAACAUGAAGACAGUAAUUGCAGUUCUUUGCGUCAUAUUAGCGGCCCAAUGCGUAACUGCGCAAUGCCCUAAUCUUAAGACCUUCACUACGGAACUGAAGCCGGCUUGUGAUAUAAAUGACAUUUACAUUAAAUGGCCCAAUUAUGCGAAUCAAAGUACUUACUACACCUGUUUUGGCGUGGGAAAUCCAGUGUUGACACCAUGUCCAAGUGGUGAUUAUUUCACUUACGUUUACCAACAAUGCAACCAAUGCAACGAGUAUAUUCCGCCUCCUGUAUGCGAAAAUCUCAAAACACAAAAUACUCCCAAUUGCGUUCCAAUUGGUAGUGAUUCUGGUGGUAAUAGUAGCACAACUCCAGCCACAACAACUGGCUAUCCAACACCGAACUAUCCAAGUACCACAAGUUCCACCACAAAAACCACGUCCACAAAGGCACCAACUACAGCGACAACUGCUAGUACCAAUACCACGGUAACUUCGGCCACUGCUACUACAGUGAUAACGCCUCCAACUGCAAGCCCAACAAGUGCUCCAAGUACCAACACUACAUACCCCGGACCCCCAUCUCCAGUAACUUCGGCCCCGAAUGUACCCACACCUCCAACACCAGCAGCAACACCACCAGUGAUUGAUUUAACUCCACCAAGUGCAUAAGGACCAAAAAUGUUUAAAAUGCAAUAACAAAAAAUUGUUAAAUCUUGUUCAUUGCAAAGAAUCCUGCUUAUGUAUUUCAGAAAGAAUGUAAUAAAUGCUGUACCAGUCUGAAAAGAUUGCUUAA